AUGCCCUCUCUAAUCAGCACCGUCCGCUCCAAAUUCCUCGAGGCUAUCCGCUCAGUCAACCCGCCAGGGAAAUGGAAAAUCCUUGUCGUUGACGAGCAUUCACAAAAACUUCUCGGAUCAGUGCUCAAGCAGUUCGACAUCCUCGAAGAGAAUGUUACUCUCAUCGAAUCAAUCACCAGCAACCGCGACCCACAGCCCGAAUUUGAGGCGCUCUAUCUGCUCAUGCCCACGAGCCAGAAUAUCGAACGUAUAAUCAAAGACUCGUCAAACCGCCAGUAUGCUGGUGGCCACCUCUUCUUCAUCGAUGGCCUGGAGGAACGAUUGUUCGAGCGACUUGUGUCGAGCGUUGAACCCUACCUACGUGGUGUCAGAGAAUUGUUCAUUAACUUCUGGCCCGCUGAAGCCCAAACCUUUUCACUUCAGGCCCCUGACCUCUUCUUCAGCUUGUACAGUCCGCCUCGGAACGACAGCCAAUUCAAAGCCGCAAGAGCGCGCGUUGAAGACGAUAUUCGUUUUGCCAGUAAAAUCAUCGCCAACGUUUGCAUUACACUCAACGAAUUUCCCUACAUCCGAUACUAUGUCCCACCAUACCACCAACCGUUAGGAGCUUUGAAGCCCAACGCAUCUACUCGAGCCCCACCACCACCCGAAGGUAGCUCACGAUGGCGAACCAAUCUUGCUCGAGGUGCCGAGGCAAGAGCGUUUGAAGCGGCUGAGGGUGACCAUGGCACGAAAAUACUCGCAUUUUUCGUCCAGGGAGCGUUGGAAGAAUAUAAGAAAGCCAACCCAGACUUUGCGAAAGAUACGACUGGUCGGCCGAGGGGUACACUAUUCAUAACAGACCGGACCAUGGAUAUGAUUGCACCAUUUCUUCACGAAUUUACAUAUCAGGCCAUGGCGAACGACCUAUUACCCAUAGAGGGUGGAACGAAAUAUACAUAUAAGUUCCAGUCUUCUGUUGGUGCAUUCGAGGACAAAACCGCCACUUUGUCUGAUUCCGACACUGUAUGGACGGAAGUUCGACAUAUGCAUAUGCGAGAAGCAAUCGACAAGCUUAUGGCGGACUUCAACCGAUUCUUGGAGGAGAAUGCAGUUUUCAAUGGCGAGGGUGCCGCGAGUUUAAAUGAUAUGAAGGACAUGUUGGCGAGCCUACCUCAAUACCAAGAGCAACGCGAAAAGUUUUCACUGCAUUUGAGCAUGGCGCAAGAAUGCAUGGGUCUGUUCGAAAAAGAUAAGUUGCCACUCGUCGCUUCCAUUGAGCAAGACUGCGCAACGGGAGCAACCAUCGAGGGGAAAACCCCAAAGAACCUGGUUCAAGAUAUGGUGCCAUUGCUGGAUAGUCGGGAAGUGAUCAACCUCAAUAAAGUUCGCAUUGUCGCACUUUAUAUACAAUUCCGGGACGGUGUCCCAGACGAGGACCGCCGCCGACUCUACCAACACGCCCGAUUGAGUGUUGCGGAGCAGGAAGCGGUGAAUGCAUUAGUGCAUCUUGGUGUCCGGAUCAGCCGAGGGCCAGGCGAUCGCGAUUUGAAGAAGAAGCUGGUCCCCAAGAAAUCCAAAGAGGAAGAGUACGAGUUAUCGCGGUUCAAACCGGUCUUGAGAACUGUUCUAGAGGAACACGUGGUCGAUAAAUUGGACAAAACCUUGUUCCCCUACGUGAAGGAGGAACCUUCAUCUGGUUCAAGCUCCUUAAGCGCGGCGUCAACAAGCCUACGAAGCGCAACACCCGUGCAGACAACUUCUUUACGUAGCCAGAAACCUUCAUGGCACAAAGCUCCUCGACCUGGCGCCAGUGGUGCCGGACCGGAGCGAGAAACCAAUCGCGGGCGACUACUUGUGUUUGUGACUGGUGGUAUGACGUACUCAGAAAUUCGAGAAGCCUAUCAAUUAUCGGCAACACUAAACCGCGAUGUUUUCAUCGGCUCGACGCACACUCUGACUCCGCGCGAUUUCAUUAGCGACCUGCAAGUGCUCGAGUUUGGGGGUCAAGGAUCGAAAGCGCUGCCGAAUGGUGUCAAGGAGGGUCGGCCAGGACAGGCGUUCCAGGAGUAUUACGAUGAGAGGUAUUACACCAGGGAUGCGCCGCCGCCUGCCAGACCAACGGCUGCGAGUGCUGGUGGGAGAAAUAUCGCGCCCCCCGGGAGGAAUGUGAGGCCCGCUGGGGCUACUCCACCAGCGCAGUCUUUUGCAAAGCCACCUCCAAUGGCGGCGACGGAAUCAUAUGGGUCGACAGAGGAAAAGAAGAAAAAGAAGGGGUUGUUCAGGUUCUAG